AGGAGGAGUUAAAGGGCUUUCAAUUGGAUUAUUGAUUGAAUGUGUUUUGCAAACCAAGUCUUCAUUUAUUCAUUAUUUAAGACUUUUCAUCACAUUUUGUAAUCACUUUUUGGUCCUAAUAUUGCGGAACAAUGUCUCGACAGACCCAGAAGAAUGUGGAGUCCAAGAACAAAGUGAGUUGCGAUUUAUUUACUCUCACUUAUGGCUCACUUGUGGCACAACUCAUCAAAGACUACGACACCACCGAAGACGUGAACAAACAAUUGGACAGAAUGGGUUAUAACAUAGGCUUACGACUAGUGGAGGACUUUCUGGCGAAAACCAAUUCGAGUCGAUGUCAUGACAUGAAAGAGACGGCCGAUAAGAUACAGUCGGCCUUCAAGAUGUAUUUGGGUAUCAGUCCAUCGGUGGCCAACUGGUCCGCAGCCAACGACGAGUUCUCACUACUCAUUGACAGCAACCCUCUCACCGAAUACGUGGAACUGCCCGACCAUAUGAGUCAACUCAAGUACUCCAACAUAUUGCCCGGUGUUAUCAGGGGUGCCCUCGAAAUGGUGCAGAUCGAGGUGCAGGUGUGGUUCGUUCAGGACUGCCUUAAGGGCGACUCCACCACUGAAUUGAGAAUCAAAUUUAUCCGCAAAUUAGAGGACGCCUUACCCGCCGGUGAAGACUAACUCCAUUUCCAUUCAUAUGAAAAAAGAUCUUUAAUUUUUAUAUUAAAAUUUGUUUUUUAAUUUAAAUUAAAAUAAUUCGCUAAGAAUUGGUUCGAUAUUUAAGAUAUCAUUGAAUAAAUAAAAUAAAAUCAAUUUUGUUAUAUACCUGUAAUAAAAA